CAUCUAUCCUAAAUUCAGAGAUAUAACCAACUGAAAUGCACCAUGGUUAGUUCAUCUUUAUUGUUGUCCAAACCAAACACAGACACCACCCCCUCUCAAUCUCUCUCUCUCUCUUCCAUUAAUCGCUCGCUAUUAAACCAACUCAAUAAAGGUAAUUCACAGAAGAUAAGAGUGCAGUGACGGAUGGCCGUAAUUGCCACUUGAAUUCUGGUAAUCAUAACCAGUAAAUAAGUUAUUCUCAAAGACUUUCGAGUAUGUAUGAGUAUCAUGAAUGACAACUCUUUUUCCUCAGGCCGGAUUGAUGGCGACGUACACUCUUCUCCUCCUCUUAUAUUCUCUUCCUCUUCUCUUAACCCAAAAAAAUUAAUACUAGAGCAACUCUUCUUAUCACCGGUGUCACUGAUCCUGGUCGAGAAUCGAUUUGCCAGUGACCGGCCGGCCAUGUUGAUCGCUCCUUUAUCAAAAUUAAUUGAAGGAUAGAUUGAUAAGAGAGGAUGGAUUUUGACGAGCAAGAAGAAGAGAUAGGAAUGGCCGAGGCAACGGGUUACGACUCGUUAGGCAACUCAUCAACUCGGUCUAAAAGUGGAGCGGUUAGGUACAGAGAAUGUCUCAAGAACCACGCCGUGAAUAUCGGGGGACAAGCGGUAGACGGUUGCCGAGAGUUCAUGGCUGCAGCCGAUGAAGGUACCCUGGACGCGCUAAAAUGCGCCGCCUGUAACUGUCACCGCAAUUUCCACCGCAAGGAGAUGGAAGGGGAAUCCUCAUAUUCUCACCAGCAACAGCAUCAACUCCAAUUCCGCCGAGCGCCGGCUGGGUACCUGCACUCGACACCAGCCCCGCGGCCGCUUGUUCUACCUGCCGCUUCCGGUGGUGGAGGAAACAGUAGAGAAGAGGAUAAUGUUUCAAAUCCGAGUAGUGGCGGAGGCGGAGGAGGAGGGAGUGGAUUGAAGAGACGGUUUAGGACGAAGUUUACGGAGGAUCAGAAGAACAAGAUGCUGGAAAUUGCAGAGAGGCUGGGGUGGAGGAUUCAAAAGCACGAUGAUGAAACUGUGGAGCAGUUUUGUGCGGAGACAGGCGUGAAGCGGAAUGUAUUGAAAGUCUGGAUGCACAAUAACAAACACACCCUUGGUAAGAAACCCUAAUUUUUGGUGACUGCUUAAUGAAGAAGAAGACUAUGAGAUAAGUGCAAUUGAUUGAGAAUGUAAUCAGAGUCAGAUGGAGAAUUAUUAGUUAAUUGUGCUAUAUAUUCAACAAGCUAAGCUAGCUGGGUAGGGUUCUUAA